AGGUUCACGGCGGCCGGCGUUUUCCCUCCCCCCCUCCCCCGUCUCUGGGAGUUUCUCGGUCUCCGGGAAGGGAAAUGGAGCGGGAGUGAAGGCGCCCCCGCCGCCGCCGCGCGACCCCCGACCCCUUCCCUCCCCCUUUUCCCCGACGCGGAGCAGGCUCGCAGCGGGGGGGCAGCCGCAGGAUUUCUUGUUCUACCCAAGGCUUGUCAAGCAGUUGAUGCAGAAAGUCAAGAGGGCUCGUCUGGAAAACGAAACUGCAGGAAGUUGGAGAAGGUCCUUGACCAGCUCAGGGGGAAGGCCGAGGAUGACGGCAGUGGAUGCGGUGUUGGAGAGUGCCGAGGCUGUGGCAAUGGAAGAAAUGGCCUCGUCGCAAUUCCAGGUGGAGAAGCGCUCCUGGGAGGGGCUGCGCGACAUCAUCCAUGGAAGCCGCAAGUACACGGGGAUGAUCGUCAACAAGGCGCCCCACGACUUCCAGUUUGUCCAGAAGACUGACGAGUCCAGCCCUCACUCUCACCGCUUAUAUUAUCUCGGAAUGCCAUAUGGGAGCAGGGAGAACUCUCUCCUUUACUCUGAGAUUCCCAAAAAGGUACGGAAGGAAGCCCUUCUUUUGUUGUCGUGGAAACAGAUGCUGGAUCACUUCCAGGCCACCCCCCACCACGGGAUGUACUCCAGGGAGGAGGAGCUGCUGCGGGAGCGCAAGCGGCUGGGGGUCUUCGGGAUCACCUCAUACGACUUCCACCGGGAGAGUGGGCUGUUCCUCUUCCAGGCUAGCAACAGCCUCUUCCACUGCCGGGACGGAGGCAAAAAUGGCUUCAUGGUCUCGCCAAUGAAGCCACUAGAGCUCAAGACCCAGUGCUCAGGGCCACGGAUGGAUCCCAAAAUCUGUCCAGCAGAUCCCUCUUUCUUCUCAUUCAUCAACAACAAUGACCUCUGGGUAGCAAACAUUGAGACAGGAGAAGAGUGCCGGCUGACAUACUGCCAGAAAGGCUUAUCCAGUGUGUUGGAUGACCCCAAAUCAGCAGGCAUUGCCACUUUUGUCAUUCAGGAGGAGUUUGAUCGGUUUACAGGGUACUGGUGGUGUCCCACCUCUUGCCAAAAAGGCCCUGAGGGUUGGCAAACGUUACGGAUCUUGUACGAGGAGGUGGACGAGUCUGAAGUGGAAAUUAUUCACGUUCCUUCUCCUGCCCUGGAAGAAAGGAAGACAGACUCAUACCGGUAUCCCCGAACAGGCAGCAAGAACCCCAAGAUCUCAUUGAAGCUGGCAGAAUUUCAGACAGACAGCCAAGGGAAGAUUAUCUGUGCCCAAGACAAGGAACUGGUGCACCCGUUUGCUACGAUGUUUCCACGGGUGGAGUACAUUGCGCGGGCUGGUUGGACCCGGGAUGGGAAAUACGCAUGGGCCAUGUUCCUGGACAGACCUCAGCAGCAACUCCAGCUCGUCCUUCUUCCCUCCGCACUCUUCAUCCCAGUCCCAGAAAGCGAGGAGCAGCGCCUGGAAUUUGCCAAAGCUGUGCCUGAAAACGCCCAGCCCUUCAUCAUCUAUGAGGAAGUCACCGACGUGUGGAUCAACGUCCAUGACAUCUUUUACCCUUUCUGCCAGCGAGAUGAGGAGGAAGAGGAGCUCCGCUUCAUCCGAGCCAAUGAAUGCAAGACGGGGUUCUGCCAUCUGUACAGGGUCACGGCCAUCCUCAAGAGGGGCAGCUAUGAUUGGACCCAGCCCUACAUCGCUAGCAAAGGGGACUUCACAUGCCCGAUCAAAGAAGAGAUCGCCCUAACCAGUGGCGAAUGGGAAGUUCUGGCCAGGCAUGGAUCCAAGAUUUGGGUGAAUGAAGAAACGAAGCUUGUUUACUUCCAGGGCACAAAGGACACCCCUCUGGAACAUCACCUCUAUGUUGUCAGUUACGAGACUCCCGGGGAGAUCGUACGGCUCACCUCCCUGGGCUUCUCUCACAGCUGUUCCAUGAGUCAGAAUUUCGACAUGUUCAUCAGCCACUACAGCAGUGUCAGCACUCCUCCCUGUGUGCAUGUUUACAAGCUCAGUGGUCCAGAGGACGACCCUCUCCACAAGCAGCCGAAAUUCUGGGCCAGUAUGAUGGAGGCAGCCAGCUGUCCUGCUGAUUACAUCCCCCCUGAGAUCUUUCACUUCCGCACCCAGUCAGACGUCGAGCUGUACGGGAUGGUGUACAAGCCCCACAGCCUCCAGCCUGGGAAGAAGCACCCCACCGUGCUGUUUGUGUACGGCGGGCCUCAGGUCCAGUUAGUGAAUAACUCCUUCAAAGGCAUCAAGUACCUGAGGCUAAACACGCUGGCAUCCCUGGGCUAUGCUGUGGUGGUAAUUGAUGGGCGAGGAUCUUGCCAGAGAGGCCUUAAAUUUGAAGGGGCUCUUAAGAAUCAGAUGGGUCAGGUGGAGAUCGAGGACCAAGUGGAAGGUUUACAUCACGUCGCAGAGAAAUACGGGUUUAUCGACCUCAGCCGGGUUGCUAUCCACGGCUGGUCUUAUGGGGGCUUCCUGUCCCUAAUGGGGCUCAUUUGUAAGCCCCACGUCUUCAAGGUCGCCAUCGCAGGGGCCCCUGUCACUGUUUGGAUGGCCUACGACACCGGCUACACGGAAAGGUACAUGGACAUCCCGGAAAACAACCAGCAAGGCUACGAAGCAGGCUCGGUGGCACUGCAUGUCGAGGAGCUCCCCAACGAGCCCAACCGCCUGCUGAUCCUCCAUGGGUUUUUGGAUGAAAAUGUGCACUUUUUCCACACCAAUUUCCUGAUAUCCCAGCUUAUCCGUGCCGGGAAACCUUAUCAGCUACAGAUCUACCCCAAUGAGCGACACAGUAUUCGCUGCCCCGAGUCUGGGGAGCACUACGAAAUCACGCUGCUGCACUUUCUCCAAGAAUACCUCUGAGGGCAGAGUCUUGCCGCAGCCCUUUGCGGACACCGAUGACUCCCUCCUCCACUUCUUGCCCCCCCCUACUUUUGCCCCUCGGCAGCCUUCGAACCCAGAGCACAAGUCGCCUUCUGCUGCGUGCGCAUCUCCUCUACCGGGCGUGUCCUGAGCUAAAAGAAGAAAGAGGAGGCCACCCUGUCUGGAUGGCGCAGCUCUCUGACCUUGUUCCUUCAGCUCCUCUCUUGGGGUUUUUUAAAAAUGUCCCUGGUUUUUUUUGCUGCUACUUUCUUUCUGCUGGGAUAAAGACGGGCACUUCCCCCACUUGCCACCCCCCUCCAAUGGCUGCAGUUCUGUGUGUGUGUGCGUGCGUGUGUGUGUCCUCCCUUCUUUUCUGCCCCCUCCAUUUAACUGUAUUCCACCCUCUUCCUUGGAAGGAUUUGCUUCUCUGUUUCUGACAGCCUCCAGCUGCCAAGAAGGGUCAGGGGAAAACCCAGAGGUGAUGGACAGAGAGAGUGGGGGUGGGGGGGCGCACACACCCAGGGAGGCUGGCGGUGUCUUUGAGACUACAUCUUGGUGCUUAUUUGCCUCCUUGCCGCGAUGUGCUCGAAAGCGAAGAACUCUGGGAUUGUGGGGCAGCUCCAUGGAGAAGCACGUGCGCUCCCCCCUGCAAUUUGGGUCAGGCAGUGCUGGUUUGAAAGGGGCAGGAAUGGCACCAGCACAGAGCUCGCUUGGCCAGGACUGCAGCAAUUUCUGGAGUCUGGUUUGUUUGCGUUGCGAGGUUAAUUUAUGCAAAUAUUCCUCCCCCACCCUCUCUUCUCAGUACUGUAUCCGUCCCACAGCCCUCUGCCCCCUCAUCCCCUUCACAUUCUGGGUGUUCAAGUGUGUGCUUGGCACACAGGCAGGGCUUCAGUUCUCUGCAGGUCAGUGACUGUAUAACUUUGCCCAUCCUAUCCAGACAAACAUGUUGCUCACUCUCUCCCCCCACCCCCGUCUUGGAUUGUACCCAGUCAGCACAGGCUGUAGUUAAGGAGGGUGGAUUUGCCACGUUUUUGCACCUCCGGGGGGGAUCCUCUCUGCCCGCCUGCUCACAACCUCCCUUCUCCCCCUUUUCUCCAGAUAGAGGUGGAGGGAGGCAUUAAUGAAAUCGAGGAGAAACAUCAACUUACCUAAAAGAUGAACCACAAAUGACUUGCCCAAGUAUCUUAAUUGCGUAUUAUGAAAAGAAAAUAUUUUUAUGGAUUCUUAUUCUUUUAUAAUUAUGAGUGUAAGAUGUAGUGACUCAUUAAAAUAUUGG